AUGUUCAAACACCAAAACAUCCUCUCCACUCACUCUUCUACCAGAUUUUGCGAUACAAUGGCCAUCGACGAAUCUGAGCCUAAUUCCAACUCCGACUCCAUCUCAGAGUGGUUAGCUAGUACUUUAUCCGAUAUUCCAUCCUUCCUGGACGAACCCUAUAGUUACAUCGAUGAUUUAAAUUUCUACGGGGACUCAUUGUGGGUUACUGAUCAAGAUGAUCACAUUGUUAAUCACAACAUCAUCUUAGAUAAUACUUGUAACUCAUUCAACAACAGCUCCCCAGUCAAUACAUCGACUAGCAAUAUCCCUUCAGAGCCCAUCAUUUUAAAUCAUCCGCAGCCGUUGGAUUUGUCUAAGAAAAGGAAGACAUCUAGCUCUGAUCAUAAUCCGAAGGCGUCAAGGAAGAACCAGAACCGUCAGAUGAAUGAGGCAGAAGAUGCUCAUGCUGUAGUGGAACCAGGAGUACAACUGAGAAGAUCAACAGGACCCAAGAGAGUAACAACAAAAUCCACCGGAAAUAACAGUAGCAAUAAAGAAGGAAGAUGGGCAGAACAUUUGCUCAACCCUUGUGCUGCUGCAAUCACUGUUGGAAACAUGAACCACGUGCAACAUCUGUUGUAUGUUCUCCAUGAGCUGGCAUCGUUCACAGGCGAUGCCAACUACAGGCUAGCUGCUCAUGGACUCCGUGCCUUGACACAUCAUUUGUCUUCCCCUGGCUCAUUAUCAGCAUCCGCUGGAGUUACCAAUUUCGCUUCUGCCAAUCACAAAUUCUUCAGGGACUCAUUGAUCAAUUUCAACGACAUAAGUCCCUGGUUCCGUAUCCCUAAUAACAUUGCGAACUCAUCUGUUCUCCAAAUUAUUGGAGAACAGGAUCAGCUAAAGAAACUUCACAUCCUUGAUAUUGGAGUUUCUCAUGGUGUUCAGUGGCCAACUCUUCUUGAAGAAUUGACUCGGAGAUCAGGCGGACCACCACCACUGGUUCGCCUAACUGUUAUUACGCCCACCAUAGAAAACGGAGAACUGAGAGGCACGCCAUUUGUGAUCGGCCCACCUGGUUAUGAUUUUUCCUCGCAACUACUAUCCUUUGCUAAGGCGAUCAACAUUAAUCUACAGAUCAACAGACUGGACAAUUUCCCUCUUCAAAAUCUCAACUCCCAAGUGAUCAAUUCUUCCUCUGAUGAAACCUUAGUCAUCUGUGCUCAGUUUAGACUCCACAAUUUGAAUCAUGCUAAUCCGGAUGAGCGAACAGAGUUGUUAAAGAUAUUGAAGAGUUUGGACCCGAAAGGAUUAGUUCUCAGCGAGAACAACACAGAGUGUAGCUGCAACAGCUGCGGGGACUUUGCAACGACGUUCUCAAGGCGAGUGGAGUACUUAUGGAGGUUCUUGGAUUCCACGAGUGUGGCCUACAAAGGGCGUGAGAGCGAAGAAAGGAGGAUGAUGGAAGAAGAAGCAGCAAAGGCGCUGACGAACACGGGAGAAUUGAAUGAACGGAAAGAGAAAUGGUGUGAAAGGAUGAGGAGUGUUGGUUUUGUAAAAGAUGUGUUCGGUGAAGAUGUCAUUGACGGCGCUCGGGCGUUGUUGAGGAAGUAUGACAGCAACUGGGAGAUGAGGGUGGAAGAGAAAGAUGGCUGUGUGGAUCUGUGGUGGAAAGGGCAGCCAAUUUCAUUCUGCUCAUUAUGGAAGAUGUAGCUAUUUAGAGUCAAAUUGUACUUCCUUAUGGCAUCUUACUACACUGUUAGACGUGUUUUCAUUUGUGUAUUUGUAAAGGCAACAAGUCAAAAAUCAUCAAAGUCUCGUAGCAAUUGAUGAUACAUAUGUCUCAUGCGCCUAAACAGAAUAGAUGUGGAUAAGCAGAAUUGACUAAACAGGAAUAACACCACGACCAAACGUGUUGAACUUGCUAUACUUCAAUUAGUUACAGUGACAAGCAAACAUUAUCUUUCUCCCGCGCCUUACUUGUCAGUCGUCACUUCCCCUCAGUCUUUUGCAGCAAACCGAAUGGAUAUGUAAUGGUGGCCAAGGUUCUUGCAAUUUAGAGUGACCCUAAUACAUUGGAUUGAUGCUAUUCAUUGAAUGUAGAUUACAUUAACUUGUCUUAUCACAUCUACGAGAGUACUUCUUGAUGCUUGAAACUCCCAUUAGCAGUUCAUUAAUUAUUUACAAACAGUGAGGCAGUACAGAGAUAACAUAAAUAGAGAGCAGCAGGGUCAAUCAGAUGAAACUAUUUAGCUUUGCUGCAAGAUAAAGGCUUUAAUCAAAGCAUUGACAGAAUCAGGAGACUCAAUGUUCGCUGCAUGUCCUGUGUUCUUGAUUAUUUCCAACUUUGCUCUUGGCCCCAGAUGCCUACAAGUUAAUAUAAGUUUCAUUACUAAGAA